AUGGGUUCCAAACUUCCAUUCCUAUUUGUUUUUGUGAUGCUCUUUGCUUUAACUUCAGCCACUCCAAACAAGAGAAAGCCAUAUAAACCAUGCAAAAACCUAGUCCUCUAUUUUCAUGACAUACUUUACACUGGAAACAAUGCAGCAAAUGCAACAUCAGCCAUAGUAGCAGCUCCAGAAGGUGCUAGUUUAACUAAAUUGGCACCUCAGUCCCACUUUGGCAACAUAAUAGUUUUUGAUGACCCUAUCACAUUAAACCAUAGCCUUUAUUCAAAACAAGUUGGAAGAGCACAAGGUUUUUAUAUUUAUGAUACCAAAAACACAUACACUUCUUGGCUUAGUUUCACAUUUGUUCUUAAUACCACUCAUCAUCAAGGAACCAUUACUUUUGCUGGUGCUGACCCCAUUGUCGCCAAAACUAGAGAUAUCUCUGUCACUGGUGGUACUGGUGAUUUCUUUAUGCAUAGAGGAAUUGCUGCUGUUACCACUGAUGCAUUUGAAGGUGAAGCUUAUUUCCGACUUGGUGUUGAUAUUAAGUUCUUUGAGUGUUGGUAA